ACGGAAAAGUUAACCUUGAGCCAAAAUCUCUCGCGUCGGCUCCUGACCUGAUUUCGCGUCUCCCGAACCUCGUCUCAAUUCUGGUACAUUUUGGCAAGGCUGACAACCCACCUAAGCUUCGAGUUCCCAAUGUGAGAAAAACAACGCUCCGGACUUCGUGAGGACUUUUAUUUCUGAGCCAUGGGGCUACUGUGUACGUAUCUGUAUCUGUUAAAGACCACAAUUCUAACAAUAGCAAGCAUCCACCGUCUUGCGAUAUGCGCCGGUUCGCAAAUUACCACCAUAUCUAUCCUUUCUCUGCAUAGCCAUAGGUGUUGCAUGGCUGCUACUUUUACCAUUGAACGAUUACUCGAGGAAUACUUAUGUUUCGGAAAAUGCACUUUUGCCUGGACAAGUCCAUACCUAUUUCGCGGGAAGUGAUCAGAAUGUUUUUCGAGGGUAUAAGAAGGAGAUUGAUGCUUUGGGGGAAAGUAGUAAUGUUGAGUAUGUGUGAAAGCUGCCAAAGCGCAUUACGAUUGAAGGAUAUAGCUGAUUUUUGCGUACAGAGUUAAUGAUAAACUCGAGGAAUUCUUGAAAGCUACGGGCCUUAAGGUUGCGAGACAAAAGUACGAGUAUAAAUCUGCGGGUGAGGUUCAUAGAGGAGAGAAUGUGUAUGCGAUUUUACAUGCACCUCGAGGUGAUGCCACAGAAGCAAUUGUGUUGGUAGCGGCUUGGAGAAAUAUAGAUGGAGAGUUGAAUCGAAGUGGUGUUCCUUUGGUUCUUACUCUGGCGAGAUAUUUCAAUCGUUGGUCUUUGUGGUCAAAGGAUAUUAUAUUCCUGAUCACAGCGGAUAGUAAAGCUGGUCCUCAGGCUUGGGUUGAUGCCUAUCACGAUACUCACCAGUCGCCUGCCGUUGAGUCGCUGCCUGUCAAGAGUGGAGCUCUUCAAGGAGCUGUUGUGAUUGAUUAUCCUUUUGAUCAUCGCUUUGAAUCGAUCCAUAUCGUCUACGAUGGAAUCAAUGGUCAACUUCCUAAUCUCGAUCUCUUCAACACCGUAGUCUCAAUUGCUAGUGGUCAAAUGGGUAUCAGAGUCUCACUACAGAAAAUGUGGCAGCACAGCGAUAGCUACCAAGACCGACUCAAGACUAUGUUACGCGGUAUGAUUAAUCAAGGAUUAGGUCAUGCUUCGGGACCUCAUAGUAGUUUCAUCCCAUAUCAUGUGGAUGCCAUCACACUCCAACCAUUUGGAAUCGGCUGGCAGGAUGAGAUGGCUAUGGGACGAGUAAUCGAAAGUACAUUUCGAAGUUUGAACAACUUGUUGGAACAUCUGCAUCAAAGUUUCUUCUUCUAUUUAUUGAUGCAAGCUAACCGCUUCGUGAGUAUUGGAACCUAUCUUCCAAGUGCUAUGCUAGUGGCCACGAAUUUUACUAUUAUGGCUAUUUACCUAUGGGUAAAAAGUGGUUGGCCCAGUCCUGCGAAGACGAAAUCAUUGAAGUCUACGGAAAAGGGCGAAGAGAAGGAGAAGACUCCUUUAGUGGUCGUGGAAGCCGGAGACGCAAAGGCACUCGUUCCACAAAAAAAUCUCCAAGUCCGCGAACGCAAACUCUUUCUACCUCUAGCUGUUGUAGCUGGAUGUCAAUUCUUAGGGCUUGUUCCCCUUUCCAUCUUUAACCAUACAUCUAAAGCCGUACGUUUCUAUCUUCCUCCCUGCAUCUCCCAACCAAAUUCAUGUACAAACUAACAUUAGAUAUCCUCUCAGAACCUCCCAAUAGUCUUCAUCAUCUUUUCCAUCCUCAACACAUUCCUCCCCCUAGCCCUCUCCACCAUCCUCCACUCCACCUACUGCACACCCCCCACACCCCACCAACUAUCCCUCAUCCAAUCCUUCUCCCUCCUCCUCCUCGGCAUGUACCUCUCCUCCCUCGCUACCCUCAAUUUCUCCCUCUCAAUCCUCAUCGGUAUCCUAUCCACGCCCUUAUCAUACAUUCGUCCACUGGGCCACAAACCCAUCCUCGCUUCUAUACUCGUUAUAUUGCUAGGUGUAUUGGCACCUUCAACUGUAUUGCUUGUGGGAGCGAAGUAUUGGGGUCUGGAUGUGGGAGAUGUUUUGGUAGAAGCGGCUUUUGGAUGGGAUGUUUGGGGGAUGACGACGCAGGUGGUGGUUUGGUGUGUUUGGUGGCCUGCGUGGGUGGUGGGUGGUAUGUUACUUUUUGGGAAGCCGAGGGAGGAGGAAGAGGAGAGGCUUGACGGGAGUGCAAAUGCGGUUGAAGGGAAGGUGGUGGAAGUUAGGGGUGGACUAGAGAAAAAAUAAGGUGACUAUUUGGUUGCACGAUGUAUUUAUACGAAUGUAGUAAUGCAUCGUAAUCAGCGAAGUUGGAAUAUAACAUAGCAAGGGUAUUCUUCUCAUAUAUCAUUUUAUUC